AUGCACUUUCUUUCAAAUUUCCAUCCUUCUACUGCUCCUGCUGCGCCAGAUGCGUCUACUGCUUCAGCUACCCGUGGUCGAGGCCGAGGACGUGGUCGUGGCCGUGGUCGUGGCACUGCUCCUGCUGUAGAUAUUCCUGGUUCGUCUACUCAUGCAAGUGUUCCAGCUGCUCGAGAAGGUCGUGGUCCUGGCCGUCCUCGUGGCCGUGCUCGUGCUUGUCAUGUCAUUCCAAGAGGAUUUGGAUGCUACGUUGCUCCAUUUACAGGUCGGGUCUUUGAUGUUUGGGGAUCGAGGGCUUUUGAUAUGAAUGGUCCUCCUCCAGGAGGAGCUCCUCCGGAACCACCUUCCUCACAAGGAGAAAAUCUUUAA